GUUGGCGUUGCUUACCGUAGAUAGAGGAAAAUGUUGGGACAAAAAAAAUUCUCACGAAGCGCAAAUUAUACGACGGAAGAUAAAAACUUACUGCUUUCGCUGGUAGAAACCAAAAAAGACAUAGUUGAAUGCAAAAUGACCAAUAAAGUCAGCUCUGAAUAUAAAAGGGAAGCUUGGGAGGAAAUUGCUCGCAAUUUUAAUGCUUGCUCGUCAAUGCCCAGAACCUCCCAACAAUUAAAAACCCUCUACGAAAACCUCAAAAGGAGAGGAAGAAAGGACUUGGCUCUGGAAAAUAAGGAUAGAUAUAGAGAAUUAUUGAGUAAUAUGGAUCAAGGGGAGGAAAACAUAAAUAUCGACCAGUUACGAGAGAAGGCUAGGCAGGAAAAAAAAGAAAUGAUGGCUACGGGAGGAGGGUCAUUCAAAAAUAUGUUGGAUGAUACGGAACGAAGGAUAAUAUCCAUUUUAGGGGACAAUGCCAGACCGUUAGAAAAUCCGUUCGAUGAUGCCAAUAUAUAUUUUGAAUAUCCUAUCCCAGCUGUAGAGACAGAACCCAUUCCUAACCUAGGAGAUCCAGAUCCUAUUCCUGACCAAGGAGUUAAUCCCAUUCCCAACCAAUGCCUUGAUCCAGAACCUUGCGGAGAACUUACCCCUACCUCCUUGCCUCCUGUUACCAGAAAACUUAAAACUAGAGCCCCCUUGAAAAGACCAAUUAGAAAAAAAACCCUUACUCCCAAAGAUAGAUAUUACUUAAAAAAAUUGGAAAAUGCCAAAAUAGAGCAGAAAAUUUUGAAACUGCAACUUCGUAAGUUGCAGCAAAGUUAAUAAUCAUACUUAUCAUUUAUGUACAUAUAUUU